AAACUAAAGCUGCUGAUGCUCCGAGAACCUCCGCAAGGGGGGGAGGGGGUGGUGGAACAGGGGGAGGAGGAGGAAAACGAGGAGGUCGUAAGGAGGACUCUCACUGGUACAGUCGUCUGCAGAAGGGGGACGUUCCCUGGGAUGAUAAAGAGUUUCGUAUGUACUUCCUGAGCGGAGCUGCGUUCUGGACGACCGUUACAUAUUAUUUCUUAUUCAGGGAUGGAGGUCGAGAGGUCACCUGGAAGGACUUUGUCAACAACUACCUGUCUAAAGGAGCGGUGGAGCGUCUGGAAGUUGUCAACAAACGUUACGUCAAAGUGAUUUUCUCUACGGGGAAGACGCCUGCGGACGGAUACAUCUGGUUCAAUAUCGGCAGCGUGGACACAUUUGAACGGAACCUGGAGACGGUGCAGUACGAGCUCGGCAUUGAGGGAGAGAACCGCCUGCCAGUGGUUUAUUCCACAGAGAGCGACGGCACGUUUCUGCUAAGCAUGCUCCCGACGGUGCUUAUCAUUGGCUUCCUGCUGUUCAUGCUGCGGCGGGGUCCGGCGGGGGCUGGGCGUCCCGGCCGGGGGAUGGGUGGACUCUUCAGCGUCAGCGAGACGACGGCGAAGAUCCUGAAAGACGAGAUCGACGUGAAGUUCAAAGACGUGGCAGGCUGCGAGGAGGCUAAGCUUGAGAUUAUGGAGUUUGUCAACUUCCUGAAGAACCCGAAACAGUACCAGGACCUGGGGGCCAAGAUCCCGAAGGGCGCCAUCUUGACGGGUCCUCCAGGAACAGGAAAGACUCUUCUGGCCAAAGCGACGGCUGGCGAGGCCAACGUCCCAUUCAUUACUGUCAAUGGCUCUGAGUUCCUGGAGAUGUUUGUGGGCGUCGGUCCAGCGAGAGUGAGGGAUCUAUUUGUCAUGGCAAGGAAGAACGCCCCCUGCAUCCUCUUCAUCGAUGAGAUUGACGCUGUGGGCCGAAAACGUGGACGAGGAAACCUUGGAGGACAGAGUGAGCAGGAAAACACUCUGAACCAGCUGCUGGUGGAGAUGGAUGGUUUCAACACAGCGACCAACGUGGUGGUUCUGGCAGGAACCAACAGACCCGACAUCCUGGACCCGGCUCUGAUGAGACCCGGACGCUUUGACAGGCAGAUCUACAUCGGUCCUCCUGAUAUUAAAGGUCGAGCCUCCAUCUUUAAAGUUCACCUGCGUCCUCUGAAGCUGGAGACAAACAUGGACAAAGAUGCUCUGGCUAAGAAGAUGGCCGCCCUCACGCCUGGAUUCUCAGGUGCUGACAUUGCCAACGUCUGCAACGAGGCGGCUCUGAUCGCCGCUCGCCACCUUUCAGACGCCAUUAACCAGAAACACUUUGAACAGGCCAUCGAGAGAGUCAUCGGAGGUCUGGAGAAGAAGACUCAGGUGCUGCAGCCGGAGGAGAAGAAGACGGUGGCGUAUCAUGAAGCCGGUCACGCCGUCGCUGGAUGGUUCCUGGAACAUGCCGACCCACUGCUUAAGGUGUCCAUCAUCCCCAGAGGGCGGGGCCUGGGUUAUGCUCAGUACCUGCCUAAAGAGCAGUACCUGUACACCAGAGAGCAGCUGCUCGACAGGAUGUGUAUGACUCUGGGAGGACGAGUCUCCGAAGAGAUCUUCUUUGGACGGAUCACCACUGGAGCUCAGGACGACCUCCGAAAGGUCACCCAGAGCGCCUACGCACAGAUUGUUCAGUUCGGGAUGAACGAGAAGGUCGGUCAGGUUUCCUUCGACCUCCCGCGUCAGGGCGAGAUGGUUCUGGAGAAACCGUACAGCGAAGCGACGGCUCGUCUCAUUGACACCGAGGUUCGAACCCUCAUCAGCGAGGCGUACCAGAGAACCCAGCAGCUGCUGAACGUUAAGAAGGCUGAGGUGGAGAAGGUGGCGCUGCGGCUUCUUGAUAAGGAGGUUCUGGAUAAAAGCGACAUGGUGGAGCUGCUGGGUAAACGUCCAUUUGCAGAGAAGUCGACUUACGAAGAGUUUGUGGAGGGAACCGGAGGUGAAGACGAGGACACGACUCUGCCGGAUGGUCUUAAAGACUGGAACCAGGAGAGGACAGAGAAGGAGGAGAGUCAGGACGAACAGGUGGCCCGUCAGAUCUCUGGAGGAAUGCCCUUCUAGAACCGUCUCAUGGAUGUCUGUGUUCCACCACAAACACAGAUCUAACAUUCUCGUGUAUGAAAAUCAUCUGGAAUAUUUCUGAGGUUUAGACCCCUCUCACAUACACAUCAAGAAUGCUUGUUUUCUGUGGAGUUCUGUACCAAACACAAAACUGUCACCCUGUGAAGUUCCUCAGUGUUCUCUUGAAUAUCUGGGUUCUACCCACCUUGUUUCCAUCUUUUUUUCUUUCUGCACCAAAGAUCAAACCGUCACCAGAUGAAAUCAACACAUUGUUCUGUUGAACGUUUGGGUUCUACCACCAACAGAAACUGUGACUCAUUCUCCAGUCACUUCAUCAAUCUGGUGUAGAACCCACUCACUCAAUUCAAUAAUUCUUGUCCCAACACAUCUGGAACCACAGAGUUUACACACAGUAAACGUUUUAUUAUUUUCUACGUUGACCCCAAGAGCAGAACAUUCAGAUUCAUACGUUAUUGUCUUUGAGAACUGAUAUAUUAUACCUAACAAUGGUUCUCUAUAUUGAGGUCAUGUUCCAACACCAAAUUUGAUAUCACACAAAUGUUCCUAAGCAGGGUUCUACAAGGUUGUAAUUUACAAUUUCACCAAUUAUGUCACUACACUUGACACACUGAACCUCUAGAACCUCUGUUAUUAAGUUCUAAAACACAGUGUCGUUCUCGUGAGAAUUGCUCUUUGCAUAAAAGCCUCAAACGCUCUGUGAACGCUUGUUCCAUGUCACAGGUUCUAGCAUCAUCAGAACCACUCUUUCCCCUGACAUUACAACGUUUGCUCCAACGUGUGGUUCUAGAUAAGUCACAGAAUAUUCAUACAUUGAGAUAAUGUUCUUGAGUCUUUUAGAGCCCUCUCAUGCAAAAUGUACAUGGUCCUAAUGUUCUACCGGAUGAAACGCAUCUUGCAAAUCAGAACCAACACAAGAAACUUUUUCAAACUAACUGAUGACGACAAGCAGGGUCGUCCACCAUUCACAUCCUGCACAAACGUCUAGGAUGUCAAGUACAACGUGAAAAUGUUUCCAUACAAAGAACUGUUCUACAUCAAAAUACUGGAGAACUCUGUUCAGAACCAGAGGUAGAACAGUCGCAGGUUCUCGACCAGGAUUUUACAACAGCUGGUUCCUUUUCUUUGGUCUACGCGGGUUGCCAAACCGUUCUUCGUUGCGCUCUAAAGAGGGAACACUGCUCUUGACUCUGGAGACAUGAACUAAUUUAAACUUGUGAAAGAAUAUAAAUGACUUUUAUCACUUACAUAUCAAUGAUUAUUGAUCCUGGUAAUCAGAGCUAAGGGUUUGAAGGUUCAGGAAGACGUGGACAACAUCUGUCUUCAUCUUCAUGACACUGAUCCUGCAGAGCUGAUGGCAUAAUCAUUAGUUGAUCAGUUAUUGCUUUACACUGUGUGCAGCUGAGUGUAAUAUGAUGUGAAAUAAUCAUAAAUAAUG